UUACCUGUUACCUCUCCACAGCUUUCGGACAGCUUUUAACAAUCCAGACGCUGGAUCGGGGUUUCACCUCUUUCCAUGCACUGUCCCUCUGUGGUUUGGGGUGGGUCCCAGUCCAAAACGGGGUCAUCAAGAGCUAAAGCAACUACUGGAAAUGUGGAGAUUUUUCAUUUUCAGUAUUGUCUUUAAGGAACUUGGAUACAAGAGGAGAUAAUUCAUUUUUUUUAUUUUUAUUUUCCACUCUCUUUGGAUUACCUAUGAUAUUGUUUCCCAGUAAAAGGACAACGAUCACUGUUCCUGCUGUAUACUCCCGUAUACUUAAUCCACCUGGAGUUUGGAUGGUGCGAUUCAACCGCUCCAACAUCGAUAUGGCUCCUACAGUAUGUAGUGAAACUGCUCCAGUGAUGACUUGGGGUUGUCUCGUCGCCUGUCCAGUUUUGGACUAGAGGCCUGCUGAGUGCCAAGGGAGGCAGUCCUAUCCACAAAGACACAUUCACUGUCACACCACAAACUCUCCGCUCCCCCUGCUGUGUCUAAAGCAUAGCUGUGAGAGGAAAAUGGCAAGUCACAGAGACCCUCGCUUUCUGCACAACCUGUCCUACCACCCACGAUGGCAGCACGACUCAACAAAAGUGAAGAGAAAGGGACGCGUGCGGACAGUGGCUGCAAACAGUUGCAGUGGAUAUAGUGUGUUCAAAUCAUUAGCAGCUUCAUCGUCAAAACCACAGUUGCCGUCAUCCUCCAUGCAACGCUCCAGGAGCCGGUGUGGGAACUGGCUCCUUGUGCCGUUGCUCAUACUCUCAUUAAUGCCCUGUCAGGCCUGGGCGACCACUUUCAAGGUGGUCCUGGUUGGACCCUGGACGUGUGACCUCUUAUACUCCAAAGCACUUCCUGACUUGGCAGCCCGCCUCGCCACUACUCGCAUAAACAAGGACCCCUACCUCAACAAAGGCUACUGGUAUGACUACACGCUGGUCAAUGAGGACUGCAAGUCAUCCCGUGCCCUGGCUCGCUUUGCUGAGCUGGAAGGUUAUGGUGCUGCAUUUCUGGGCCCUGCCAACCCAGGCUACUGCUCCUCCGCCGCUUUGUAUGCAAAAGAGUGGGAUGUUGGGAUUCUUUCCUGGGCUUGCCUCAAACCCAACAUGAAUAAAUUAGGGAUGUAUUCCAACUUCCUGCGGCCGCUGCCACUGUCCUCCCGUGUACUUUUCUCGGUUUUGCGAUACUUUGGUUGGGCCCAUGUUUCCAUAAUCUCAGAGGAGACAGAUUUGUGGGAAGCCACGGGACAUGAGCUGGCCUCGUCACUGAGGGCCCUUGGCCUGCCUGUCAACCCUGUGGUGACCAUGGAGUCGGACAAGGAUGGGCCUCGGAGAGCGCUGAAAAAAGUGCGGGAAGCAGACCGGGUCAGAGUGGUGAUUAUGUGCAUGCCCUCUGUCCUGAUUGGUGGCCAAUCCCAGUACGAGCUUCUGACAACAGCCUUGUUCAUGCGUAUGAUCGACCGUGGCUACGUGUUUAUCCCCUACGACGCCCUCCUCUACUCACUACCCUACAACGAUGCACCCUACUAUAUGCUUGGCAAUGACACCAAGCUGCGCAAAGCUUUUGACGGAGUCCUCACCAUCACUAUGGACUCUGGCAAAAGCAAUUUCUAUGAGGCUUUCAAAGACGGUCAGGACAGCUAUGAAAUCCGCAGCAGCACCCCACCAGAACAGGUGUCUCCAUUCUUUGGGACCAUCUACAACAUGAUCUACUACACAGCUAUGGCUGCUGAGCAGGCCCGCGCCAAUGGAGGCCGCUGGGUAACCGGUCCGAUCCUGGGUGACACCAAGGGCGGCUUUGAAUUUGAAGGCUUUAAUCAGCACUUGAAGGCUGGCAAGGAAGGGGAAGGCAUGCAAGCUCGCUAUGUAGUGCUGGACUACAGCGGCAUUGGCCACUAUCUCUACUCCACCCAUGUUCUGGAUGCCGCUCAUACAUAUGGAGGGGUCGGGAGCUUGAAAUACCUCGGUCGUUCCAUCCAUUUUGCGGGCAGCACGCCCUACACAGACUCCGGCUGCUGGUUUAGCCCAUACUUUGCCUGUACUGGAGGCCUGGACACAGUCACUUUCUUCUUUCUUCUCCUUGUGUUCAUUGCAGUCAUUGGAUGUGGAGCUAACUUCUUUAUUAGUAUCAAGAGAAGUGGCAGGAUUGGGUUCAGCUUUGGAGGUAGUAACGGCGGAUCAACAAAGGUAGUGCUGACACUGGACGACCUGGUCUUCAUCAACACUCAAGUCAGCAAACGGAAGAUAAAUGAUGAAAGUAUCCUGAAAAGCCAGCUCGAUAUGAAGACUCCUCAUCAGUCGGUGUCCGGUCGCAGUUACUUGGCAUCCACACCAGACAGCUCCAAUGUUGCUGUGUUUGAGGGUGACUGGGUUUGGUUGAAGAAAUGUCCCGGUGGACCUGUAUCAGGUGUCAACAGCAACACUGAGUUUGUCUUUGUCAAGCUCCGAGACAUGAGGCACGAGAACCUCAAUCUGUUCCUGGGACUGUUCUGCGACUCUGGGAUCCUUGCAGUUGUGACCGAACACUGCACCAGGGGCAGCUUGGAGAAUCUGCUCAACAAUGAGGAAGUGCGUCUUGACUGGAUGUUCAAGUCUUCCCUGUUAAUGGAUCUGAUUCGGGCAAUGAAGUACCUGCACAAUCGUGACAUCGUCCACGGACGGCUCAAAUCCCGUAACUGUGUGGUAGACGGCCGCUUUGUAUUGAAGGUGACAGACUAUGGGUUCAAUGAAAUUUUGAUUGCCCAAGGCAUUGACACUAAUGAGGAAAAGCCAGAAAAUCUGCUUUGGACGGCUCCUGAGCUGCUGAGAAGCACCAGUCAAAGGAGGAGGGGCACUUUCGCUGGGGAUGUCUACAGCUUCUCCAUCAUCGGGCAGGAGGUCAUCUCCCGCUCUGCACCUUACUGCAUGCUGGACAUGCCGCCCAAGGAGAUCAUCAGCAAGCUCAAAGAGCCUCCUCCGCUGUGUCGGCCUGUCCUGUCUGCUGACGAGUCCCCGGUGGAUGUGAUACAGGUUGUGAAACAGUCCUGGAAUGAAGAGCCAGCGAAGAGGCCGACCUUUGAGGAGAUCUUCAAACUGUUCAAGAGCAUCACCAAAGGAAAGAAGACCAACAUCAUCGACUCUAUGCUGCGCAUGUUGGAGCAGUACUCCUCCAACUUGGAGGAUCUGAUCAGAGAGAGGACAGAGGAGCUGGAGGUGGAGAGGCAGAAGACUGACAAACUGGUGGCUCAGAUGUUGCCCAAGUCUGUGGCCCAGGCGCUGAAGACGGGCAAGCCGGUCAAACCCGAGCAUUUCAGCGAGGUCACGCUGUACUUCAGUGACAUCGUGGGCUUCACCACCAUCUCGGCUCUCAGCGAUCCCAUCGAGGUGGUCGACCUACUCAACGACCUCUACACACUCUUUGAUGCCAUCAUUGGACUGCAUGAUGUCUACAAGGUGGAAACUAUCGGAGACGCCUACAUGGUAGCCUCAGGAGUCCCCACUAGGAAUGGCAACCGUCAUGCAGCCGAGAUGGCCAACAUGUCUCUUGACAUCCUCCACUGCAUCGGGACCUUCAAGAUGAGGCACAUGCCUGAACUGAGGGUCAGAAUUCGUAUUGGCCUGCACUCUGGCCCAGUGGUAGCAGGAGUAGUGGGUCUUACGAUGCCUCGGUACUGUCUGUUUGGAGACACUGUCAACACGGCAUCUCGAAUGGAGUCCACAGGGUUGCCUUACAGAAUCCAUGUCAACCGAAGAACGGUCGAUGUUCUGAACGAGUUGAAGCUGGGAUACAAAAUUGAACACAGAGGCAUGACAGAGUUAAAGGGAAAAGGGAUUGAGAACACAUAUUGGUUGGUAGGAAGAGAGGAUUUCACCAAGCCUCUGCCUAUUCCUCCAGACCUUACAGGGGGAGCCAAUCAUGGUAUCGCUUUAGAGGAGAUACCUCCGGACAGACGACAAAAAUUCCUGGAUCGACAGAAGAAGAUGGGCUAGGCUGAUUUUUUUUAAGUUAAAUUUUUUAUUUAUUUACUGAUGUUCCAGAAUGAAAAGUGAUACUUUCUAGAUCAACAUUGUUUUUCAGUGAAAAAAAUAGACUGAGAGAUGUGUGGAGGAAAAGUUGAACAUGCAACAACCACAAUCUACUGUAAUUUGUGCUACGCUCAAAAUGAAAUCAAGCACCAGUCACAAGGGAUUUCACACUCUUUGGAAAUCAUUUCUAUACUGAAAUAAUCUUUAUUGUAGAAAAAGCAACUGUCCUUGUACGUGUUCAACUAAAAAUAGAGUAUACAUACAUGAUAUGCAUACCAAGGUUGAAUGACCGAUCCCAAAUUGCAUUGGUUUAGAGGACAGCAAGAAGGGAUUGUGAUGGAUGAGUCGUUUACAGUAUCAUGUGUAAUACUGUACUUCCAGUACUUCAAGUACUGGAUGUAUUUGUACUUGUACGGUUUUCCGUAUUUGUACUUAUCUUUGUGCUCUGUAGAGAUAUUGGAGAUAUUUUAUCAUGAGCAUCCCGGGGGUGGAAGCUAUUACUGUCUGACUAUUCAUCUCGGGUGAAAUAGAACACUCACUUUCAAAGCAUUAGCCUUUUGCAACAACUCGGAAUUGAAACAUUUUCACAGUAACUUAAGCUGGAGAGCACCGGACAGAUCAGACAGGUUGAGAGCUCCGGUCGAGGGUGGCUCUGAUUUUGCUUUGGUGGUAGCAUUACUCUGAUUAUUCACACAUUUGAUGAAUGAAACCUCAUAAUCCAAAAAUUGUUCAAAUGUGUCAAACAAAUGAUCUGGUUUGUUUAUUUAAUAUUUGAUGGAUAUAGAUGAAAAAACAAACCACAACAUCUUUGUGAUAUUGUCACCUAACAUUUUGUCCCCUUACUGCAAUAGGCAUAUUUGACUAACUCGUCAAUUCAAUUAGGUGUAUCAAAGACAAGGAUGUGCUCUAAAUUUUAGAUUAGAUUACUUGUCCCAGUGGUAAUUAUAAAGAUACAUGCUGGACAUGAUAUUGGGGCCAAAACAUCUGCAAAGCUUGAAAUAAUGAAUAAAAUCCAACAUUUAAUGACGGAUCAUUUUCAGAAAAAUGCAUAAGUGACCCACAAAACAUUGUUUUUAAAGAUAUGUUCCUCUCCCUAAUAACGUCAUGAUACUAUACAUACAGUAUGUAAUGUUUUUUAACAAUGUGUGUAUUGCUUUGCUGACAUUUUCUACCAAAUCAUAGAAGAUGUACACAACAUGAAACAAGACCCAAUCUAUUGCUCACUAAUGACAAUUGCGUUUUCACGAUUGCUUCCCCUAAAGUACAUGUAGCCUAUUACUGAAACAUGCUGCAUGCAUGGCUGAGUGUACUGCACAGCUGUAUGUUUAACCGGGUCCUAAUGGGACAGCAAUGGGGAGACCUGAUUUCUGUCACGCACAGUAUUUCUGCUCUGCACUGAUAAGCAGAAUGUUUGAGUCAGUCGGCUGAAAUUCUUAUCUCCAAUAAUGUGCUUCAGCAGAUUGAGCUUUCUCAUGUAUAGCGCAGACUUCUAGCGGAAUAUGUCUGGCAGUGUCUGGGUUUUUCGCCCAUUAUUUUCUCUUUGGGCUCUCCGGGACUCCACACAGCGACUGUAUCUGAAGGUCCUAUGAGAACAAAUGUUCACUAAGUCGCUCCCGUGCCCAACCCCAGGGGAUUUUUACAGAACAUGUGGGGGAAGCAUACUCAUAAAACGGGGAGGACAUAGUCCUCUGAGUCAUGUCUGUUUGGCUUGGGGAUGUGUACAUACUGUAAAUUUGUACAUAGUUAGUUUGUGAUUGUGUUCUGCAGGGUUAGGGACUUUUUAGUGGAGUUUUUAUUUCUGCUUGGGUUCCCUAAACCCCUGACACAAAAGGAAAUUACCAAAAAACAAGGAUUUAAUCACAGUGCAUUCAAGAAGCGAGCGACGACAUUGUUCACACACUCUCUGUUGGCUGGCUAAUUGUCUGCUGCAGCACUGAUAUUGAAGCAAUGUCGGGAUGUGAUUUUUUUUUUUCUGCAGACAUUUUUUCCUUGGGAGCUCACUUGCUGACCCCCUUCAAAAAUCGACAAAAAAUGGACAUGUGAUGACUUGAUUAUCAGGUUGCUCGUGGUGUAGUCUCUCACACCAUUAAGUGUUUAUCACUGGCUCUUCAAAAUGAUGAAACCCCCGACGAAGACGAAACGCAGGAUUCUGAAUCAAGAUGAAGAGCAUGGGGAAAAGCUGUCUGAAUGUUCCUUUGAUGAGUUAUUCUAUUAACAUAGGACCUACGUUUGCUAGAUUUUUAAUCAAUUUGCCAAAUAGAUUGAUCUCAUCAAAACUGAAUGCAGGUGUUCUCAAUGUGUCUCUGUAAAUAAAUGAUGA